AUGACGGACCGGUCAGCAACGCCUUCGACCAAUCCAACCAAUGCCGAACUAUUAGCUGCGAAUGCCACCUUGCUUGCGAAAAACCAGCGAAUGGCCGAGCUGUUGGAGGCCAUGCAGAACAACGACGAACAGAAAACCAACAAGAAAGUAAAUACUGACCAACAUGAGGAGCACCAGUCGGAAUCAAACGCAAAGACGGGGGAAACCAACUCCAAAGCAACAAGACGACGAACAAACCCCUUUUCAGAAGAAAUAAUGAGCUUUAAAAUGCCCAAAGGCUUUACACUCCCAAUGACUCUAACGCCGUACAAGGGGAUCGGAGAUCCUAAAAUCCAUGUUACAAAAUUUGAAUCAAUGAUGUUUCUCAAUAGUGACUCCGAUCCCAUCUUGUGCCGAUAUUUUCCUACCUUUUUAUAUGGAGCUGCUUUAUUAUGGUUUUCUAACUUGCCUGCAGGAUCAAUAACAAGCUUUGACGAGUUUGCCAAAUUGUUCAUAAACUACUUCGCAGCAUCUAAAAUCUACGUACGAGACUCGGAUUACCUCAGCACAAUCAAACAAGAACAACACAAAAGCUUAAAGGAGUACAUGAUGCGAUUCACAGAAGCUGCUAUGCAAAUCCCCGACCUUAACCCUGAAGUACAGCUGCACGCCAUCAAAAGCGGUCUCCGCCCCAAAAAAAUUCAGGAGGCAAUUGCAGUGGCAAGACUGAAGACCCUGGAAGAAUUCUGA